ACGCAAAAAACGGUUUAGGUGGAGACCGAAAGGAGUCCGCCCUGGGGCGGGAGGCUGCCCGAGACCUGAGAACUCUCGCGGGAAGAUGUGCCGUUACCAAGGCAACCGCAGCCCGCGGUUGGGAAAGAUGGCGGGUCGAAGUGUUGGAGUGCGGAGACGUGGUGCUGCAGGUACUCAGCCGCGAGGGCAGCUUGCAGCUGGACGGGACCUCUUCGCCCGCGAGCAAGAGUACAAACGUUUAAAUGCAGAAUUGGAGGCAAAAACUGCUGAUCUGGUUCGACAAGCUGAGGAAGUAAUAAGAGAGCAGCAAGAAGUGCGAGCUAGGCCUUUCUCAACACUAAGUACAGCGUGCAAAGAGGAAGAUGCCUGCGGUAGGAGAGAUCUGUUGUCAUCUGAAGGGAUGGACGCUCCAUGGUCAGAAACCAAGUCAAAGAUAAAAAACACUGGUCCUGUGAACAAGGUUCAAAACAGACUCCACUCUGCAGAUAAGGAAAGGAAGACAAAUUUAAGCUUCAAACUGAAACACCCUGAUGUGCAGACUGCCAAUGAUGUGGCCAUCCCAGAUGAUUUCUCAGACUUCUCCCUUGCCAAGACAAUUAGCAGGAUUGAAGGGCGGCUGGAAGAGGACGGCUUGCCAGAAUGUACGGAUGACGACAGUUUCUGUGGUGUUAGCAAGGACAUUGGGACAGAUGCUCAGAUCCGAUUUCUAAAGGCCAAACUGCAUGUGAUGCAGGAGGAGCUGGACAGUGUGGCGUGUGAGUGCAGUACGAAGGAGGAUGAAAUUCAGGAUUUAAAGUCCAAGGUGAAAAAUUUUGAAGAAGACUGUGUGAGACAGCAGCGAACAAUUACAUCCCAACAAUCCCAAAUAGAAAAAUAUAAGACUCUUUUUGAAGAAGCAAGCAACAAAUGUGAUGGAUUACAGCAGCAGCUGUCAUCGGUAGAAAGGGAAUUAGAAAAUAAAAAAAGAUUACAAAAACAGGCUGCUACAAGCCAAAGUGCCACGGAGGUCCGCCUGAAUCGAGCUCUGGAAGAAGCAGAAAAAUAUAAAGUGGAGCUGAGCAAACUAAGGCAAAACAACAAGGAUAUUGCAAAUGAAGACCAUCAAAAAAUUGAAGUGUUAAAAUCAGAAAAUAAGAAACUAGAAAGGCAAAAAGGAGAAUUAAUGAUUGGGUUCAAGAAGCAAUUGAAAUUAAUUGACAUUUUGAAAAGGCAGAAGAUGCAUAUUGAAGCUGCCAAGAUGCUGUCUUUCAGUGAGGAGGAGUUUAUGAAGGCUCUUGAGUGGGGCAGUUCAUGAGUGAGUGAUUUCAGUGUGAUGCUUGUUUUGUGUUAGUUUGACAGCAAAUUGUAGUGUUUCUUUACUGUUCAUAAGUAAUGAGAAUAUUUGUGAAAUAAAAGGUUCAGAUAAUGACCUAUUGAAAUAAACAGUGUUUGGAA